GCGCCUUCAUUUCUCCUCGCCAGAGUGACUAAGAUGGAACCGUUGCUAGAGCCGCGGUUGGGUUUGUGGGCCGGGGGCCCCUCACCGGGCCAGUUCUACCGCAUCCCGCCCGUCUCGGGAGCUCUCCCGGGGCCGGACAGCACGGUCUGCGGAAGCCCGAUUACUCGGACGCAGAACCCAAUGGUGACAGGGACCUCUGUCCUAGGUGUGAAAUUUGAGGGUGGUGUAAUAAUUGCAGCUGAUAUGCUGGGUUCCUAUGGCUCCCUGGCUCGUUUCCGAAAUAUCUCUCGAAUCAUGCGAGUCAACAACAAUACCAUUCUUGGUGCUUCUGGGGACUAUGCUGAUUUCCAGUAUGUGAAGCAAGUCAUUGACCAGAUGGUGAUUGAUGAAGAGCUGCUAGGUGAUGGACACAGCUAUAGCCCGAAAGCCAUCCACUCUUGGUUGACUAGAGCCAUGUACAGCCGUCGCUCCAAGAUGAACCCGCUCUGGAACACCAUGGUUAUUGGUGGCUAUGCUGAUGGGGAAAGCUUCCUGGGCUAUGUGGACAUGCUUGGUGUAGCCUAUGAAGCCUCUACGCUGGCCACUGGUUAUGGUGCCUACUUGGCUCAGCCCUUGAUGCGAGAGAUUUUGGAGAAGAAGCCAGUUCUAAGCCAGGCAGAGGCACGGGAGCUGGUGGAGCAUUGCAUGCGUGUGUUGUACUACCGAGAUGCUCGAUCUUAUAACAGGUUUGAAAUUGCCACAGUGACUGAGAAAGGAGUUGAAGUGGAGGGACCUCUCUCUGCAGAGACCAAUUGGGAUAUUGCCCACCUGAUCAGUGGCUUUGAGUGAUGCAGUUUUAUCUCCAGCCUCAUCUAUCGUGCCCUAGAACUCCUGGCCCUGCUAUUAAGGCCAUGUUGGCUGUCCCAGGACUGAAAUUUGACUUUUUCCUUUUGAGAUUGGUAGGAAAUAAAUAAUUCUGGACCUCCUGUCUUUGUCCUUGUGGGAUAAGAUGGGAGCCUUCUGUGCAGACAGUGGUGUAAGUCUUUAUUCCCUCUUCCUCAAGAGAUCUUUGUUCAAGAGAAUUAAUUUGUUCUAUGAAGACAUGGCACCUACACUGCUGAUUUCUUUCCGACUCUGUAGAAGAAUCCUUAAGUAUAUGUGGCCUGAAAUAAACAUGUUCCUCUAAGAUUGAUGCUAAUGUAUUCUUAACCAUGGUUUCAAUAAAACUAAGAAUAAAAAUUAUUUCAUAGCCCAAA